AUGAUGCCUGCCAAAACCGCCACCGCGCCAGCCGACGACCUCUUCAGCGGCAAGAGCAGGGAGUUGGUCGACGACAUCAAGAACUCGCUCGACCGCAUCGAAAAACUCCUCAACUGCGGCCAGCAGCUGUUGUACGGUGAUGGGGCGGCCGAUGGCGAGGAGGCCUCGGUGUCCCCGGACGAAGAUCCUGCGGACGUAAGCGUCGUCGCGAUCUCAGCCCUGCAGCACUUCAACCCCAGCUACGCCUCCUACCACUCCUCACCGCAGCGGCGGCGGGGGUCCUCGUGCGGUCUCGGCAGCGGUGGCGAGUCCGUGGCACAUCAGCAGCUGGCAAGUCGCUCGCAGUACAAUUCAGAAAAUGCAAGCCACCGCUUGUCGGGGGAGGGAAGCCACCAGCAUUCGUUGAAGAACUCCUCGAAAGAACGUAGCCGGUACGGCCGUUCGCGUGCGGACCAGAGGUUGAUGGGCAGCAAUCGUCCCCUGCUGCGCUCCAAGAGGAACGAGGUGUCGCCCUCCUUGCGUGGCCGCCAGAUCCGGAGUGAAAGGGGCAGGAUGCGGAAUCUCGAGGAGGGGGUCGACCCCUCUGACACACCGCAGAACAUAACCAUCGCUGCGCUGAAAGAGCGCAUCCGUCGUGAACUGGAGGAGUACCGACGCUCUGGCCCACUCAUGCACCGCAUCGAGUUGCACCAGCGCCUGCAGCGCGCCGUAAUCGCCAAGCGUGCGUUGUCCAAGAAUGGUGCCUCGAGUCCAUCUGGUGCAGCAACGGCGGUCAGCCGCCCCAGCGCCUGUGUGGCAGCGGCAAGCGUGAAAUCUGGGUCACAUGCGGCCCCCGAGUCCAGGCAGGUGGUAAAGAGGGCUAACACCACCUCGACGCGCAGGACGCUGCAGAACUUGCAGGAGCAGACGCCGCUCUGGGAGCACUCCUAUCGCAACACCGCCAUGCAACAGCCGAAGUGGGAUCAUCGCGCCCAGCAGCGCCACGUGGAGAACGGGCGUUCUGUGGAGAAGUCGCACCCCCCCACAGUAGCAUCGCCGGUACCCAACACGUACAGCCCCCAUUACCACCCCCUGAAGAUGAGCACGGGUAGCCACAGUUCGUCGCGCGACCUCCCGUCGAACCAAACCUCCGGAUCCAGUUACGCCCCGCGGCAGCAUAUGUACCAUGUGCAAAAUCACCAGCGUGACUCUCCUUCGGCAGAGGGCACGUCGAAGUCAUCGAUGACGACCAGUCAGCUGACCACUGAGAGGCCGGCGCGCAUGGCAAUUCCGCAGCGCCCUUCCGUGGCGAACAGCUCGCCAGACGACAUGGAGGAGCACAGCACCUUAAGCCCUACAUGGCACCACUUGAUCUCAGCGUGA